CAUUCACAAUUUGCUUGGGCCACUAGGUUACCUAUUCCGGGUCGCAAAAACAAGAAACGUAUAAGAAGCGUCGCCGGAGGAGGAGGAGGAGGAGAAGAAGAGGGAAGAAUUUGAGAUGCAGCAGCUUCAGAGCCCGCAGAGAUCUGGCGCUGCAGCGGUAGCUGGGCCGAGGAGGAGGUGCGAGGGUACGGCCAUGGGGGCUAUCACUCUCGACCUCCGACCAGGACUUGGAAUUGGGCCGUUUACCCUAGGAAUGUCCAUUCGCGAAGCAUUUGCUCAAAUAGAGCACCAGCCUAACAUCUAUGAUGUGGUCCAUGUCAAAUAUUUUGAUGAGGAGCCUUUGAAGUUGGAUAUUGUUAUUAACUUUCCAGAUCAUGGUUUCCAUCUUCGUUUUGAUCCUUGGUCACAGAGAUUGCGGCUGAUUGAGGUUCAUGAAGUUACACGACUGCAAAUGCGUUAUGCAACUUCUUUGAUUGGUGGCCCAACCCUUGCAACUUUUGUAGCAGUAUAUGCUCUCUUCGGACCCACAUUUCCAGGCAUUUAUGACAAAGAUAGAGGAACAUAUACAUUAUUUUACCCAGGAUUAUCAUUUGCUUUUCCAAUCCCUAGUCAAUUUACAAGUUGUUGCCAUGAUGGGGAAGUUUCAGCAGAUCUGCCUCUAGAGUUUCCUGAUGGAACUACCCCUGUAGCAUGCCGUGUGUCCGUUUACGACAACUCUUCUGACAGUAAGGUUGGCGUGGGUUCUUUGAUGAGUAAGGCUCUUGCACCUCCUUUGCCUGCUGGCAGCUUGUACAUGGAGGAAGUGCAUGCUAAGCUUGGGGAAGAACUGUGGUUCACGAUUGGAGGCCAGCAUAUUCCUUUUGGUGCAUCACCACAGGAUGUAUGGACGGAGUUAGGACGUCCUUGUGGUAUCCAUCAGAAGCAGGUUGACCAAAUGGUUAUCCACUCUGCUUCAGACCCACGCCCUCGCACCACUCUAUGUGGAGAUUACUUCUACAAUUAUUUCUCACGUGGUCUAGACAUAUUAUUUGAUGGACAGACUCAUAGAAUCAAGAAAUUUGUUCUGCAUACAAAUUAUCCUGGUCAUUCAGAUUUUAACGCCUAUACCAAAUGCAACUUUGUCAUUUAUGAUGCUGAAAUUGAAGGACCUAUUCCAGUAGGAGGCUCCUCUAAGCGUUGCAUAACACCUAGGACAAAGUGGGAACAAGUAAAGGAGAUCCUCGGAGAUGGUGGCCGAGCUGCUAUCCAAACACAAGGAUCGAUGAACAACCCUUUUGGCCCUACCUUUGUUUAUGGAUAUCAGAACAUAGCUUUUGAGGUUAUGAGAAAUGGCUAUAUCGCUACUGUUACACUCUUCCAGUCAUAGGAAGCUUGCUGCGUUAUCCUUCCACAACUCAAUGGAAGCUUCUUCUGCAUUAUAAAUAUUGUACAGGCUAAUCAAUCCUGUAAAGUAGCACUAUUCAAAAUCCCAAUGUCAAUGUAUUUGCUGUAAAUAUGCUUUUAUAAUUACAUUGUACUUAUAAAAUGACAUUUGUUCUAGCAACCAAGUACUAUGCAAAUUUCUUUUAAUAUAUUUGAUUGUAUCUUCUUGAUAAGCCAA